GUGUGUCCUCCCUUGCUCUCUCCAGUCGGCGCCUGGAGGUCCGCUGGCCGCCAGGCUUCGUCUGGCGGCGGCGGCGGCGCGCUAUGGCAGCAAGCGGUUCUGUGCGGGCGGCAUGGAAUCGUCUCAGCCUGUUGCUCCAGUUCACUCCUCGUCAGUCGUGCUCCAACAGAGGAUUGCUCUUUGCCUUCAGCACUGCCGCACAGCAGAGGAGCACAGGAGAUGACUGUGGCCCGGAAGAUCCCCAUGAUGAACCAAGGCAUCUCCUGAAUGAGAACAGUUUAGAGCAUAAAGCCAUCAAAUUGGAAGAACAAGUCCGGGUCUUAACAGAACGGUACCAGAAAGCCCUGACAGAUUCUGAAAAUGUCAGGCGGCGGACACAAAAGUUUGUAGAGGAUGCCAAGAUUUUUGGCAUCCAGAGUUUUUGCAGAGACCUGGUAGAGGUUGCAGAUAUUCUCGAGAAAACCACAGAGUGUGCUGUUAACGAGCACAGUGACCCAGCUCUGGCUCUGAAGAAGAUCUGUGAAGGCCUGUCUGUCAUAGAGUCCAAACUGCAAGGCAUAUUUGCUAAACACGGCCUGCACAAAAUGAACCCUGUUGGUGGCAAAUAUGACCCUUACGAUCAUGAAGUGGUGUGUCAUGUGCCAGCCGAGGAACUGCAGCCAGGCACCGUGGCAUUAGUGACUCUGGAUGGCUAUAAACUCCAUGGCCGCACUAUUAGACAUGCACAUGUAGGUGUGGCAGUAGAAUCGCAUGAAUGAGGUGGAUAUGUGUCCUAAUACUUGAGACCCAAAUGAACAGAUUUCUUUGUCCAUGUGACUAUUGCUGCUAUUAUGGCAUGUCUUCUCUUUAUUAUUUAUUAAGCCAAGCUUGUAAUAUAUGCUGGCCUCUCAGGAAGGGUGCAGUAGCCCGACCUUUGCUUCCAAGAUGUACAGUUAUUUAAUGUUACUUUUCUGAUGUUAUAAAUAUCUUUCCAGCUGUUUCUCAGACACAUGUGGCACUCUGACCUUUAACGCUUUGAGUUUCAGUUCUGCAUUAAAUUCUUCAAUGGAAUAUUAGGGCAAUAUUAUUCAGUGGACCCCCCCCCCCCCCCCGUGGUAGUCUUAGUGGUACCUAGUAGUCUUACAGGGCUCCCUUAAGAAAGAUACUCUGCAUGCUUAGAUUCACUCAUAUUACUUCACAUAUUGAUGUUAAAGGGAAAUCGUGUCCCUAAAUAGAAACUUUUUCUUUUGCAAUCUCCGCUUGCGCUCUCUCUCUCUCUCUCAUACACUCAGACACACUCACUCAUUUCAGAGGUUUCAUGCCAUUCUUGGGUGUGUUGGCCUGAACUUUCCUCAUUUCCUCUUUUGCAAACUCCUCCACAAUCUUCCCACCAGUCUCAAGACUUUUUAAUUCUGUUUUUCCUCCCACGUUCGAAGGUUUCUUCUUGCUAAUCAGUCUGCACUGGGGAGUGAGCCUGACUAAUGGGCUUGCGAUGAAGGGUGAGGAGGGUGUGUCCACCUUUGCCUUACCCAGACAGUGCGCUACUGUUCAAAGGGAGCACUGGUUACUGCUGGACUCCAGGGAGAAGGGAGAGGAGGCAGGAGGGAUGGAGAUGCUGUUGAACAGGGGGAGUGACAGAGAUUGAUGGACAGUGGCAGGCAUCUAGUAGGGACCACACUGCCGCUUGUGAAGGAAGACUUCAGGGGACAGUUGGCACAGAAAUCCAUUCCAAACCGCAUUGGUAGCUGCUGCCCCCUUACGGGGAGCAUCAUCAGCCAACUGCCAGACCAAGUGAGCAGCAGCAGGGCCAUGGAGGCAGCAGUGGGUGAUCAGAUCCUCGAAGGGAGUGCCAGAGCCCUACCCGUGCUGAGGGUUGAGGCAGGAUGCGAGACUUCUAACCUGAGAUCUGUGGCUAGUGGUGCCACUGCUCCCUUCUCCCCUGCAUUCCUCCAUAAGCCCCCCAGACCUGCAGUGGUUGUACAAGAUGGAAGGGAAAGAGCAGCGCUUCCACAUUUCCAUUCUUUAAGACCUCUUGAGUAGAUGCUGCCUGGAUUUGCCAAUAAGGCCUAGAAUUUAAUCAUUCGACACUCUUAGUUGCCUGGUUCUUCAGACUCCAAUUUGAAAAUGUAAUUUCAGACACUGUUAUCUAUCCUUUGUGUUCUGCAGUGAAAACAAAUGAACCCUCUGCAUGAUCCUGUUUUUCAUUCGCAUGCAUGUUCAUGCGUUCUAAAGGGUACAAUAUUAGUGGGAAAAUGCAGGUUAGGGUUAGAAAGCCGUUUUCUGUAGAGAGCUUUAUAGCCUUCUAGCUUCUCUGGCUCUUCCUGACAACCAAACUUGGACUGUUGGGGCCUUUGCUCAUCUGCACUACACAUUCUAGUGGGAUAUCUGUUGUUGCACCCUUGAAUCACGGUGCAUCCAGAUUGAGGCUUCUUAGCUCUAGCAGUUAAGAAGUGCAGCUUUUCUGCCUUUCUCAGAAAUGGAUUUUCUGCAAAGGAAAAUGUCAGAAAAAGAGAACACGGGAAGGUCACAAGCAGAUGAUGGAAAUGCAUGAAAUGGUGGCAACUUGAUGGCAUAAUAAAAAACUUGUCUGGAAGCACUCUGAACCCCAAGUACUCAGAAGAGGUUUGACAGCUUUAGCUUUUUUCCAACUUCCUUUUUUCCAAUCCUUAAAAAUGUUGGACUUCAGAAAUUUUUCAGUUGCAUAUAAAUUGAAUUUGAUAUCCCUGCAGUUACUUUUGGAAAUCAGUUCAAGAAUAUGUCUUAAGCAGUUCCUGGGUACCACUUAAGAUUAAAGCUAGGGCCAUCUUGCUUGUGGUUGGUUUUAUUACGUUCUACAGCCCAGUCAUGUAGAGUGCAAGCCUAUGCAUAUUAGGCCGGAAAAUAUAUAUAUAUAUAUAUAUAUAUAUAUAUAUAUAUAUAUAUAUAUUUUCAUGCAGGCUAGAGAAUGCUGCAAGCUAUAAAAUUUGUGCCUUUAGAGUAUCUAAACUUGAACUUCUUCGUCAUGACCUAAACAUGUAUUUUACCCAGUCUAUGAAGGCAGUUGAAGUCAUUCAUUACUACAACACUUUGUACUUUGAAUGCUUCCCUGCUUUUCCUUCUCAAGAUUCAUGGGCAUUUUGGUGAAGAAGGGGAGAAUGUGACCAAUAGUAUGUCCCCAGCACUAAAUUACUUCUGGGCCUGGUAUUUUAAAUAAUCUCUGCUUUCUUUGGAGAUUUAGACAAGCUGCUUUGACCUCUAGUCUUCUAUAUGUAAAGAGGGAAUAUGAUUCUUGCCUACCUCACAGAAAUGCUAUGAUUAUUUAACAGUUGUAAAGGUCUUUGAAGACGAACAUCUCGUUGGGUGCUAAGUGGAUGUGGUUUAUGGUACCCAGCAAAAGUGUUUCUGAAGCUGUUCAUUUGAAGAUCUCGCUUGGAAUUGGAAACUUUCCUCACACCUGCUUGACUGUCCACCAGGGUACAUUUUAGGAUAUAGAUUUGUUUUAUGAAAAGUACUUUAACUGCUUAAUUAAAAGGGGAAGAGCCAACACUGAGUAGCAGAACUUAUGCUUUGCAUGCUAAAUGUUUAGUUUCCUGCAUUUGUUCUCAGGAAACAGAGCUGGAAAUGACCUUGAUCCUUCUUGGGUGACACUGGUGAGAAAGACUUUAAUUAGAGAACUUGUCACUGCCGGUUAGAACAGUUAACUGGAAGAGGUGAACCAAUGAUCAGUAUUACAGCAAUAUAAGUUUCUGUUUGAACUCGCUGAGACUUAAAAUAUAUGUAAAGAUUUAGGAUUUUUGAAGAUUUCUUUAUUAAGUUCCGUUGGUUCCUAGAUGCAAAAAAAUUCUUCCUCUGAUUACUGCAGCUUUCAAGCACAAUUGGAUACAUUGUCAUAAAUCUUGGAACAUACUGCAUAGUCGGUCUCCAAAUGCAAAGUAAUGUUUCCUGCUGUUUGAGCUUUCAAGUAAUUGAUUUAUGGUAUUGUGAAAAAUCUUGAUUCAGAGAUUGAUUAGAAACCAAACCUAUGCUUUGUUUUUAAUUUAGUGAUUUUUUAAAAAAAAAGAUAAAAUUGUCUGAUUAAACA